AUGAACGAGCUUGCUGCUAAAGACGACUACACUCCAUCAUCUCCAAACAAUAGCUGUGGCUACACGUCGGGCUCUGAGAGCGAGGUGGGGGACGAUAGCGACGGCGAGUAUGCACUACACCGCAGGAUGAGAACCAAGUUCACCUCUGAUCAGAUUUGCAGACUAGAACGAACAUUCAACAAACACAAAUACCUCGGUACAACUCAGAGGAGAAAGAUUGCUGAGAAAAUGAAGCUCUCUGAAACUCAGGUGAAAACAUGGUUUCAAAACAGAAGGAUGAAGCUGAAACGCGAGGUCCAAGACCUGCGACCAGAAUUAUUUUCUACUCCAGCAUCUCUGCUGCCUCCACUGGUCUUCGCCGCUCCGUCAUUUCAGCACCAAGCGCCUGGUGGACAGCUCCACAACUUCGCCCAGAGAACACAAGCGCUCUGCCCACAUCACAUCCCUUUGCAACAGAUGAUUCAUGGAAAACCAAUUCUCCCCAUGAUGUUGGCGCCCUGUUACUACUGACUGGACAGCAAUCCUAAAGACGGUUUCUUAAAGUAUAACUUCUGUUUUAAUAGUGAACUUCUGUUUAAUUAUUUGACUCGCAACUGGUUGAUUACAAUUGGGGAAUUUGUAUCUAGAAUCUAGAUCUGUCUCCAUCGUUGUCUGUUUUGAGGCUAUUGUAGACAUUUUAAUUACUUGCAAAGUACUACGUUUGAUGUAUAUAUAAAUAAAUAUAUAAAUAAAUAAACAUUUGAAUAUUACGUUUUUCACAAAUAAAAUGUGUAAUUG